AUGCCGGAGAUCCAUAACCUCUUCACUAGGCAUCGCUUAGAGUGGACAGCACGUCUGUUGGGACGAUACAGCAAGGAAAUGGCCCCACUGGAGCAAGUUCGAGUCCGGGGUGUGCAGGUUGACAUUUCCCUGCCAGCUAUCCGCCGGUUCCUAUAUGGCGAGAGUUCAGAUGCUAUAUGGACCCCCAUCACUACCGAGUUUGACUACCGCUGGCAGAUAGUAAAGGAUGGACAGUUUUUGCGUGAGCCAGCACUGAGAGAAACCACCAAGAGGUGGAUGAAGUCGACUACUGAGUCUGAAGCGCGUCUAGAGAGGAAGAUGCAACAGUUUACAGAGAGGAAGAUUGCUGAGGUCAACCAGCAUCUGGACGCCUUUGAUUUGCGAGUGUUAGCCCGUCCAGCCUCUCCGGUGGAUGUGUUGACUCUUCAGGCUGCAGUCGACAGGGACAGAUUAUUUCCAGUUGUUGUAGGGUGCCUUCUUUUCCUUUACCUUUUCUCCUUUGCUCAUCAAAGAAAUGCGCAAAGUGGGGAGACUCACUUAAGUACAAACCAGCGCGCACAGUUUAGCAUACUUGAAGAGGUCGAGGAGGAAAAUAUACAGCUUCCACAGCCUAGGAAGCGAUCCACGCGUGCUGCCAAACAAAAGCCUAAACAGCCAACCACCUUCAUUGAUGAAUUCCUUGACGAGUCUUCCCAGAUAAGGCAUGUGUUUUUCCCUGAUCAGAGGACUUUUGUGGAUCCUAGGAAGGAUUAUGGGAAUGAUACCUACUAUUACUACCUAAGAAGAAUAUGGUUGGAUACAGAGGGGAACCCGAUACAGGCUCAUGAGGGAGGCAUUCUUUAUGAUUCAAGGACAAAAAUGUAUUAUUGGUAUGGAGAGUAUAAAAAUGGCCCCACUUAUCAUGCUCACAAAAGAGGAGCAGCAAGGGUAAGUUUCGGACUUGAUGCAUGGGUUACAAGUUCAAUUUUUUUUUGUAACACCAUCAUUGUGUUUCCUAUCACUGCUUCUCUACAUCUUGUAGUCUAGGUGAUUCUCCUCACUUCUUGUCUGUUAUAUACGAUGUGCUUGAAUAAAUGAUUCUUUAGAAUGGGAAAAUGUAAAGAGAUCUUCAGCCCCUCUACACUCUUUAACAAAAUAUCUGCAUGACGUCUUGCCUGUGUUCUUCUUUAGAUAGUGAAGAACAUAAUUUUAGUCACCUGUGAGGCCUCGUCUGUGCUAGAACACUUGUAGUCCUUUUCUCCAUUCAUUGCUUAUGCAUCUGCAUCCUUUCUGACUACCUUUCCAUCGUUCUAUAUGUUAAUCAUUCAUUUGUGUCCAUAGUGAAAUUAAGACAAUUAUGCAGCAGAGAAUACUAUUAUUUUUUUGUGCGUGUGAGA